AAAUAAAUUUAUUUAUUUAAUUUAUUUAUUUUUGACUGCACUGGGUCUUUGUUGCUGCGCGCGAGCUUUCUCUAGUUGCGGCGAGAGGGGGCUGUUCUUCAUUGUGGUGCGCGGGCUUCUCAUUGCGGUGGCUUCUCUUGCUGCGGAGCAUGGGUUCUAGGCACACGGGCUUCGGUAGUUGUGGCGCAUGGGCUCAGUAGUUGUGGUGAGCGGACUCAGUAGCUGUGGCUCACGGGCUCUAGAGCGCAGGCUCAGUAGUUGUGGCACAUGGGCUGAGUUGCUCUGCAAGCGGCAUGUGAGAUCUUCCCGGACCAGGGCUCAUACCCGUGUCCCCUGCAUUGGCAGGCAGAUUCUUAACCACUGCGCCACCAGGGAGGCCACACAAGCAUUUCUUUUGGUGUUUGCUUUCUGAUUCUGUGUGUAAGUUCCUUCAGUCUGUGUAAAGAUGAAUACAGGUUUUCCUAAUCUACAUCAGGACUUUUAUCUCUCACGCAUUUUCUCCCACAGAUUAUGAAACCAGGCAUUAUGUUUGGUGUCUUUAAAGACAUCUUAGAGCCUCCGCCUUUCUCUACAACACAUUUCUUAGUUCUCUUCUUAUCAGUCUCAGUUCAUGAGAAAUUUAGGAGGUAGGUACAGAGUCCUAAGUGAGAAGAAAAUACAAUCCACUAACCAGGUUAAACCCAGCCAUGUAGACACAGGUAAUUAUUCUAGAAGGGAAAGAUAUUUGUAUAGCUGUGAUUUCUUUUUAGCAGUCAUACCAUAACCUUGUGAAAUUACCAUAAAUAUGUUUUAAAGUGGGGAUGUGGCGGCCAUGCCAAGGAGAGAGGAACCCACCCAUCCAGAGUAGAAAGAAGAAAUGGUAAUUCCCGCACGUUCCUUUUUUCCUCUUUGUUAUAUUAGUAUUAUUUAUGAAUUUAUUAUCUUUCCUGUAUGCUUUGGAGAAGAAGCAAGCUAUAGGGGACAGACAGGGGACUAGAAAUUAGGAAGCAUGGUUUCUCAUCCAGGCCCUGCCCUAACUGACUCUGAUUUUGGACGAAGUGCUUGAAGUCUCCAAGUGUCUGCUGGAUUGUACCCAUCUGUGAAAAUGAUGCAAAAUCUGCCUUGUUUACUCCAUAGCGUUGUGAGGGUAUAAAAAGAAAUCAUCUGGGACAUCCAGAAGGACCUAAAGGACCUGUGACAUCUGGCCGCUAGGCUGUAGAAACUUAAAACUGCAGUGUGAUUAACCACGAGCCUUUAGUUUUCAUCCCUGUACAUGGAGCACAGUCUGCUCUUAUCUUCCUAAGUAUGUGAAUCUGGGCUCCCAGAAUCAAAGCCCAAGCUUGGUUUAAUGCUUGCAAGAUGAGUCCUUGAACAAAUAAAAUUAACUAUCGUAGUAUAAAAAAAAAAAAAAAAAAAAAGAAAUCAUCGCGCAGGCAGACCAUCAAGGACUCGGCAAACGUGAACAUGAGAGUCUUGAUGUCUUAGCUGGAAACAGUCGCCGCCCUGGACGUCCGUCCUCCCUCGGGGCAGCCUGGCUCGCUGUCGCUCUGGCCAGACUGGGAGACUCUGAAGCUCCCUCCCUGUCCCCUCUUAUCCAAGGUCACUUCCUUUGUCUUGUGUGUGGUCUUAGGCGGAGCAGCCUUGAGCAGUCACUGGCUAGUCUAUGUGUUUCUCCCCAUAGAUAGUGAGCCUCCUUAGCUUAGGUUCCAGUCCAAGAGACAGGGAUCAUUCCAGAAAGGAAAAGGGAAGCACGCAGAUGCUGCAUGCAAAUGCACCGCAGUUUCUGACGAGCUUUGCCUGCGCUGCUGAUCCUGCAUUGGAACCUAUUUACCGGGCAUUUUCAGUGCUUGAUCAGGAAAGGAGGGAACACUGUGAAGGAGGACGUGGUUGCCUGGUGAAAUGGCAAAACUGGGGGCAUUGGGGUCAGACAGGCGGCUGGUUCUUAAAUUCUGACUUGCUGGGAAUUCCCUGGCAGUCCAGAGAUUAGGACUCCACGCUUUUACUGCUGAGGGCCCAGGUUCAAUCCCUGGUCGGGGAACUAAGAUCCCAUAGGCUGCGCCGUGUGGCCAAAAAAAAAAAAAAAAUUCUCACUUGCUCCUUUACUUGGUAUGCGCUUUUAUAUUCAGAAAAAAAUAACAAACCCAGUCAUAGUUAGUGCAAACAAACCCAAACAGAAAGAACACAGAUUCUGCAGGCAGGGAUUUUGGUUCAGGAUGUGCCACUAGAGGAUUUUACAGCCCACACAAGUCCUUUGACCUCCUGAGUUUUCCUUUCCUGGGCUUCAGUGGUAAUUGUAUAUUACACAUGCCUUGCAGAUUUGCUGUAGAAUUCAAUAAGAUAAUCUGUGUCACAUUCCUGGGACAGUGCCUGUACAUUGUCAAAAUGUGACAGCCCCUGACUCUCCCCUUGCUACAUUGCUUCAGGGAAGAGCUGAUUCAUGUUGAAAAGUGUUAGGAGAACUAGAUCCACAUGGAAUUUUGCCCUGAGCUAGUUUAAGGGUGUGCCUGCUACCUACCCGGUGGGCUCCCUUCCAGCCCUAGAGUCACUGAGCUACGCUAGGUGGAUAGUUUUAAAGUAUUCCAUUCAUUCUUUCCUGCUGCCUCUCAGGAUCUUGCGGGUUUCCCCAGCCGUGAAAAGUAGAUCCAGUGAGCUGAACUUGGCUUCUUUUCCUUCUUCCCUGCCAUGUGAGUUGCCUCAGCUAGAAGGGGGAACCCCUAUGCAUUGAUUUCUACACGAUGGUUGGAUGUCAUAUCUAAGUUUACCUUUCCAGUGACAACCCAGUUAUACUUUUUGAAUAUGCACAGAUCUGCACCCCACAUCAUACUUAUCCUAUUUUCUCAACUAAAACUCAGGUCUUGAAAACUGACAAGUUGGAGUAUAUUUGUGGGGACGUCGGGACAAGACUUUUUGGAAGAGGAGCUGUCCCAGGAAUUCUGAGAACAACAAGGUCACGCUCUUCCGCCAGCUGCAGCAGAUGACGUACAGCCUGAUCGAGUGGCGGUCCCAGAUCCUGUCUGGAACCCUCCCCAAGGACGAACUGGCAGAGCUCAAGAUGAAGGUCACAGCCAAAAUUGAUCACGGGAACAGAAUGCUGGGGUUGGAUCUGGUCGUGCGGGACGACAACGGGAACAUCUUGGACCCCGAUGAAACCAGCACCAUCGCCCUCUUCAAGGCCCAUGAAGUGGCCUCGAAGAGGAUUGAGGAAAAGAUUCAAGAAGAGAAGUCAAUCCUGCAGAAUCUGGACUUGCGGGGCCAGUCCAUCUUCAGUGCCGUGCAUACCUACGGCCUCUAUGUGAACUUCAAGAACUUUGUCUGCAACAUUGGGGAAGACGCAGAGUUGUUCAUGGCCCUCUACGACCCGGACCAGUCCACGUUCAUCAGUGAAAACUACCUAAUUCGCUGGGGCAGCAAUGGAAUGCCCAAGGAGAUCGAGAAGCUUAAUAACCUUCAAGCGGUCUUUACUGACCUCAGUAGCACAGACCUCAUCCGACCCCGCAUCAGCCUCGUGUGCCAAAUUGUCCGGGUUGGCCACAUGGAGCUGAAGGAGGGCAAAAAGCACACAUGUGGACUACGAAGACCCUUUGGAGUAGCAGUGAUGGAUAUUACCGAUAUCAUACAUGGGAAGGUGGAUGAUGAAGAAAAGCAACAUUUUAUUCCCUUUCAGCAAAUUGCCAUGGAAACCUAUAUCCGGCAGAGGCAGCUAAUCAUGUCGCCCCUGAUAACAUCCCAUGUGAUUGGGGAGAAUGAGCCACUCACUUCAGUCUUGAAUAAAGUGAUAGCAGCCAAGGAAGUGAAUCACAAAGGACAAGGACUUUGGGUGUCCUUGAAGCUCCUGCCGGGGGACCUCACACAGGUUCAGAAAAACUUUUCCCACUUGGUGGAUAGAUCCACAGCAAUCGCCCGGAAAAUGGGCUUUCCUGAAAUAAUCCUUCCAGGAGAUGUUCGGAAUGAUAUUUACGUCACCCUGAUCCAUGGGGAGUUUGACAAAGGGAAAAAGAAGACGCCGAAGAACGUGGAGGUGACCAUGUCUGUGUUUGAUGAGGAGGGCAGGCUCUUGGAGAAAGCAAUUCAUCCUGGUGCUGGAUACGAAGGCAUUUCCGAGUACAAAUCAGUGGUCUAUUACCAAGUCAAGCAGCCCUGCUGGUAUGAGACUGUCAAGGUAUCCAUUGCUAUAGAAGAAGUUGCUCGCUGCCAUAUAAGAUUUACCUUCCGACACCGGUCAUCUCAGGAAUCCAGAGAUAAAUCGGAGCGAGCCUUCGGGGUGGCCUUCGUGAAGCUGAUGAACCCGGACGGCACCACCCUGCAGGACGGGAGGCAUGAUCUGGUGCUUUAUAAGGGUGACAACAAGAAAAUGGAAGAUGCUAAAUUCUACCUGACCCUGCCUGGAACCAAAGUGGAGAUGGAAGAAAAGGAGCUCCAGGCAUCCAAAACCCCAGGCAACUUUACGCCAAACAAGGAUAGCACGAAAGAUAGCUUUCAGAUCGCCACCCUCAUCUGCUCCACAAAGCUCACUCAGAACGUUGACCUGUUAGGCUUGUUAAAUUGGCGUUCGAACCCUCAGAACAUUAAACACAACUUAAAGAAGUUAAUGGAGGUGGAUGGAGGAGAAAUUGUUAAGUUUUUGCAAGAUACGCUAGAUGCACUUUUUAACAUAAUGAUGGAAAUGUCCGACGAUGAAGCAUAUGACUUCCUUGUGUUUGAUGCACUGGUGUUUAUUAUUUCACUGAUAGGCGACAUCAAGUUCCAGCAUUUCAAUCCCGUCCUGGAGACCUACAUCUACAAGCACUUCAGUGCCACUCUGGCCUAUGUGAAACUCUCCAAGGUACUGAACUUUUACGUGGCGAAUGCAGAUGACUCCAGCAAGACGGAAUUGCGUUUCGCUGCUUUGAAAGCCUUAAAGUACUUGUUUAGGUUCAUCAUCCAAUCUAGAGUGCUCUACUUGAGAUUUUAUGGCCAAAGUGAAGAUGGAGAUGAAUUUAGUAAUUCAAUCCGCCAGUUAUUUCUCGCUUUCAAUAUGCUGAUGGACAGGCCUCUGGAGGAAGCUGUCAAGAUCAAGGGGGCAGCCUUGAAGUACCUUCCUAGCAUCAUUAAUGACGUCAAACUUGUGUUCGAUCCAGUAGAGCUCAGCGUACUCUUCUGCAAGUUCAUUCAGAGCAUCCCUGACAACCAGUUAGUGCGCCAGAAACUGAACUGCAUGACCAAGAUAGUAGAGAGCAAUCUUUUCCGGCAGUCGGAGUGCAGAGACGUGUUGUUGCCUCUGCUGAUAGACCAGCUCAGCGGCCAAUUAGACGACAACUCCAGCAAGCCUGACCAUGAGGCCAGCUCGCAGCUUCUGAGCUACCUCCUGGAAGUUCUGGACAGGAAGGAUGUGGGUCCCACGGCGCUGCACGUACAGCUGAUAAUGGAACGGCUGCUGCGAAGGAUCAACCGGACCGUGAUUGGGAUGAGCCGACAGUCUCCCCACAUCGGGAGUUUCAUUGCUUGCAUGAUUGCCAUCCUGCGGCAGAUGGAUGAGAGCCACUACAGCCACUACAUCAGCACUUUCAAGACCAGACAAGACAUUAUUGACUUCCUCAUGGAAACUUUUAUCAUGUUUAAGGAUCUAAUUGGAAAGAACGUCUACGCCAAAGACUGGAUGGUCAUGAAUAUGACACAGAACAGGGUUUUCCUCCGUGCCAUAAAUCAGUUUGCUGAGGUUCUCACAAGAUUCUUCAUGGAUCAGGCAAGCUUUGAACUUCAGCUCUGGAACAAUUACUUCCAUUUGGCAGUCGCUUUUCUCACCCAUGAGUCCCUUCAGCUUGAAACCUUCUCACAAGCCAAGCGCAACAAAAUUGUAAAAAAAUACGGGGACAUGAGAAAGGAAAUCGGCUUUAGGAUCCGGGACAUGUGGUAUAACCUGGGUCCCCACAAAAUCAAAUUCAUCCCAUCCAUGGUGGGUCCCAUUCUGGAGGUCACACUGACCCCCGAAGUAGAGCUCCGGAAAGCCACCAUCCCCAUUUUCUUUGAUAUGAUGCAGUGUGAGUUCAAUUUCAGUGGAAAUGGCAAUUUCCAUAUGUUUGAGAAUGAGUUGAUCACAAAGCUGGACCAAGAGGUGGAAGGGGGAAGAGGAGAUGAACAAUACAAGGUCCUUCUGGAAAAACUGCUUCUAGAACAUUGCCGGAAACAUAAAUACCUCUCCAGCUCCGGAGAAGUAUUCGCGCUCCUGGUCAGCAGCCUCUUAGAGAAUCUCUUGGACUACAGAACCAUUAUCAUGCAUGACGAGAGCAAGGAAAACCGCAUGAGCUGUACCGUUAACGUGCUGAAUUUUUACAAAGAAAAGAAGAGAGAGGACAUCUACAUAAGAUACUUGUAUAAGCUGCGGGAUUUGCACCGGGACUGUGAGAACUACACCGAAGCUGCCUACACACUCCUCCUACACGCUGAGCUCCUGCAGUGGUCUGACAAGCCCUGUGUACCCCAUUUGCUUCAGAGGGACACUUACUAUGUGUAUACCCAGCAAGAGCUUAAAGAGAAGCUGUAUCAAGAAAUCAUAUCGUAUUUUGACAAAGGCAAGAUGUGGGAGAAGGCAAUCAAGCUGAGCAAAGAGUUGGCUGAGAAUUAUGAGAGCAAAGUAUUCGACUACGAGGGCCUGGGUGAUCUCCUGAAAAAAAGAGCCUCAUUUUAUGAGAACAUCAUUAAGGCAAUGAGGCCUCAGCCUGAAUACUUUGCUGUUGGCUACUACGGACAGGGCUUUCCUUCUUUCCUACGGAACAAGAUCUUCAUCUACCGGGGGAAGGAGUACGAGAGGCGAGAAGACUUCAGCCUGCGGCUGCUGACCCAGUUUCCCAACGCCGAGAAGAUGGCCAGCACCACGCCCCCAGGAGAGGACAUCAAGUCCUCCCCCAAGCAGCACAUGCAGUGUUUCACCGUAAAGCCAGUGAUGAGCCUGCCGCCCAGCUACAAAGAUAAACCAGUUCCAGAGCAGAUCUUAAACUACUACAGAGCCAAUGAAGUACAGCAGUUCAGAUAUUCUCGGCCGUUCCGGAAAGGAGAAAAGGAUCCCGACAAUGAGUUUGCUACCAUGUGGAUUGAAAGGACCACGUAUACGACUGCCUAUACCUUCCCUGGGAUUCUCAAGUGGUUUGAAGUCAAACAGAUUUCAACAGAAGAAAUCAGUCCUCUGGAGAAUGCCAUUGAAACCAUGGAGCUCACCAAUGAGAAGAUCAGCAACUGUGUCCAGCAGCACGCCUGGGACCGGUCCCUCUCCGUGCAUCCCCUCUCCAUGCUGCUCAGUGGCAUCGUGGACCCGGCUGUCAUGGGGGGCUACUCCAACUAUGAGAAGGCUUUUUUUACAGAAAAGUACUUGCAGGAGCAUCCUGAAGACCAGGAGAAGAUCGAGCUGCUAAAGCGACUAAUAGCGUUGCAGAUGCCUCUGCUGACAGAGGGGAUCCGCAUCCAUGGGGAGAAGCUGACGGAGCAGCUGAAGCCACUGCACGACCGGUUGUCUUCUUGCUUCCGGGAACUCAAGGAGAAAGUGGAAAAGCUCUAUGGGGUUAUAACACUGCCGCCCAACUUGACGGAGAGGAAGCAAAACCGCACAGGGUCUAUGGUGCUCCCCUACAUCAUGUCGUCCACACUGCGGAGAUUGUCCAUCACCUCGGUGACGUCCUCUGUGAUCUCCAGCUCUUCUAACUCAUCUGAUAAUGCUCCUUCCAGACCAGGAUCUGAUGGGUCCAUCCUGGAGCCCCUUUUGGAGCGCAGGGCCUCGUCAGGGGCCAGAGUGGAAGAUCUGUCCCUCAAAGAGGACAGUGAGAACCGGAUGAGCAAGUUCAAGAGAAAAGACUGGAGUCUGAGCAAAUCCCAGGUCAUCGCAGAGAAAGCAUCAGAACCUGAUCUGAUGAGCCCAGCCAGAAAAGCACAAAGGCCAAAGAGUCUCCAGCUGUCGGACAAUCGGCUGACACCGUUUCAUGGCUCUUCCCCGCCUCAGUCAACACCCCUGAGCCCACCCCCGCUCACUCCUAAAGCGACCAGGACCCUGAGCUCUCCAUCUUUGCAGACAGACGGGCUGAUGAUGGCUACAGUCCCACCUCCCCCUCCACCCAAAAGCAAGCCCUACGAGAGCAGCCAGAGGAACUCCACAGAGAUUGCAGCCCCACUGCCUGUCCUAAGAGAAGCCAAAGCCCCGCCCCCUCCACCUCCAAAAGCUCGGAAGUCGGGCAUCCUUUCUUCUGAACCUGGAUCCCAGUAAGGAUCUUGUCCUCUCUCUGGAACUCUGAUGCCUGGGAGCUGGCCUCGCGGAGGCAGUGUCCUCAUGGGUCCCCUGCUGGCUGCCUCUCCUCAUCUGGGGUUGAGGUUCACCUGCUCAAAACUGGUUUCAUUCUUUAGAAAGCUUUUCUUUGAUCGAUGCCCGAGGCCACGCCAUAUCUCCUCCAGUCCAUGAGGAAUCCCGGAAUCGGCCGUGCCCCGUGUUUCUCCCUCACCAUUAUUACAUUUCAGCCUCUAGCACAGUGCCACUGGGGUCUACGAAAGCCUGGAUAACUUCAUCAGUGGUGGUGGGAAAACCCCAGUAACCUAUUCCUUGGAGGAAUUUUUUGCUUUGCUUCUGAAAAGCUGUGCUUAAGACGUAGUUUUCUCACGUGGACAUACCUUGUUCCAUACAACAUAUUGGAAGAGACCAACAUCAAGUACUUUGGUAGCUGGAAUCAUCUAUCUUUCUGAGGUCUCCUGUGUCUCCUCUGUGGAAAAGAACAUCUUUUUAAUGGAAAUCGGCUGCUUUCAAGUAUGAAUGGCUAUCAUUAUCGAAAGAACAUGGACUCAGUCGUGAGCCCUGAGCACCUGUGUCCCCCCACCCAUCUGUGACAUGGAAAAGCUUCCCUCCUUCCCCCGGCCCCGCGCCAGGAGUUCCCUCACACUCCCGACUAAUGGUCCUAACUGCAUGGCAGUCACUCCUUCCUACCAUGGACUCCUGAGGCUCUGUCUUUUGCACACAGUUUCUUGUCCUGUUACCUCCUCUGAGCUCAAAUCACUGGAUAUAAGGGACUUAGAAGUCCGGAUUGAACUGCUUCUCUUCCACAUCCCAUUGGAAUGGCUCGGCAGCCCCUGUCUGCAACCUGAUUUUACCUUGGAGAAUACAGUGCAAUAUCUCGCUUUGAUUAUUUAUUCCUCUUGAUUGUGGAAUUAAUUUGAUGACAUGUUCAUGGUACUCAUGUCAAUCCUCUUUUCAGAAGAGAAAGUGUGGGGUGCUUCAGAAGAUCAAAUAUUACCACCAGAUACACAAAUAGCCACACAAAGUUAUAGACCUUUUGAGCUGGAAGGGCCUUAAAGCUCAUAGAGACACCCUCCCCCCCUCAUUUUGUAGAUAAGGAAAUUGAGGCUAAACACAGAAAAUCCUACUACAGAUUCUUUCUAAGAACCCAGCUUGUGCAUUGAGGUUAUACCCAGAUAAUGUCUCUAGAAGACAGCCCUGACAAAUUCUUCAAUCCCUACCCCUAGUUGGGACAACAGUGGAAAUGUCCCAGAUGUUUCUAUACUGUUUGGGUGUUUAUGGCAAAAUAGAAACCUUUUUCACUGCGGAUGCCCUGGGUCAACCUGUGGGUAUGCUCACGGGGGGCUCUUCCACAGCCUGGCCAGGUCCCCUUUCCUUCGAGGUAGACAAGAAAGAGAGAGAGAUUUCACGGCUGAGAAUUUGGGUUUGCUUGCCUUGCGUCUUCGUGUGUCGGUCUCACCCCUUUUAGGAGAGCCAUGUGAAUUCAUCACAGGGUCAGGGAAGUAAAAACCUCUGAGAUGUGUCCAGGGUUACUCAAGACAUGAGUGUGCGUAUUUAAAAGUGCCGCGUUCUUUCCUUCGCUCCACGCAGGAGCACCUUCAGUGUGACGAAAUGGGAAGAAACCCAGGCUCUGGAAGUAGCCUGUUGGGGUUUGAAUCAACCCAGCUAUGUGCUCUCUCAGCUUUGCAAACUCCCCCAAAUUCUUUGAAAUUGUCUUGAGUUUUCAUGUCUUCACCUUUCAAAGUGGGAACCAUCCCUACCAUGCAAGCUGCCUUGGGGUUCAAGUGAGACCAAAUACGUGAAGUAAGUCCUCACGAAAUGUGCCUUUCUUGUCUCUGCCGGGCCUGGGUAAGAUCUGGAACUCUCCACGAGCAUGAUUGAUGUUCCUUUUUUUUUUCAAAGAUAAUUUGGAAGGUGGGUGCAAGUUAGUUCUGCACGCAACAGUCCCUUUCCAAAAGGUGGCCUCUUAUAUAAUUAUGUAUGACUAGAGACAAAGUGUUAAUAAGACCUGGAGUGGGGGACUUCCCUGUCAGUCCAGUGGUUAAGACUCCAUGCUUCCAGUGCAGGGGGUGUGGGUUCGAUCCCUGGUCGGGGAACUAAGAUCCCACAUGCGGUGCAGCUCGGCCAAAAAAAAAAAAAAAAAAGACCUGGAGGGGAUUUUAAGUGGUAAGAAAAGAGCAGGAAGGGACAAUGUCUGCAGGGCUGACAUGGUGCCUGGAGCAGCUUCUGAGAAGUUGCUGGGCAGACUGGCUGGAGGGGAUUCGUGGGUUUCACCCUGCUUUCCAGGCUGCCGUUAAAACAGAAGGACGUAAACUAGGUCACAGAAGAAACAAACCUGAAGCCUGUCCCUUCCGAGCUGUAGGGAUGAGUUGUGAGCCUGGUCUUUGGUCAGAGGCUGGGGACAUCGGAUACACCGGUGCCCAAAUAUCUUCCCUUUUUUAACGUAACAUUUUCCCAUAGGAUUCCCUUUCCACAUCCAUGGAAAUCCUAGAUCUCUCCUGCCUGAGUACAAAGGAUUCCAGGUAAUGUUGUGAAUAGUAGGUCACAGGGGACACUGGACAGUUCAUCUCCUUGGGAAACUAUUAGGUCAGAAAGAGUUAUAUUUGACAAAAGAUCCUAAGGAAUGUCUGUCCUGAAGUCAAAGAGGAAAACUGCAAAGAAAUGCCUUAGGAUUACCUUAAAUGUAGGAGAGAUGAGGGGCAGGGCAUAAAAAAAGAAACAACUGGUCUUUAUAUUCCUUGAUAAGACCUGUGAAGUAUUGAAGUAACCCCCAAAUUGUCACAACUUUUGUGGAUGUUGGUUUAUGGGAUUUUUUUUUUUUAAUCCUUUUUUUUCCUCUCUGUCCUGGUGACUUGUCUUGCUUUGAGAUUUUUUUUUUUCAAGAAUUGUUUUCGUUCAACAUAUAUUAAGCUCUUACUGAAUGCCAGGCACCUUCCUAGACCCCCAGGCUGUGGCGAUCCAGUGUGUUCUAAGGGAACAGCCCCGGGAUAUAAGGACUGCGGUGUGCCGUUGGAUUGGCAAGAGAGUGGGGUUAGAGGAAAGGGAAACCCUAAAUCGGGCUGCUGGGCCAUGGGUUCCCUCCCCCACCUCCACCUUCAUGCCUCGAUUCCAGAAUUACAGUCAUUUUCCCCUGUCAGACCCCUUAGAAACAACUGCCACCCUCAGAUCCCUAAGGCAAAAACCAGCGAUAAAGCAGGAUCUGAGGUAACAAUCUCUCAUGGCUAACUCUUCCCAAGCUUCAAGGGUCCCGCCCCUCUGCUUGCCCCCAGAUCGUGGGGUGAUUUCUUGUUUUAAAAUUAAGACAUAACUGGGACUUCCCUGGUGGACCAGUGGUUAAGACUCCGCACUUCCACUGCAGGGGGCACAGGUUCGAUCCCUGGUCAGGGAACUAAGAUCCCGCAAGCCACAGGGCACAGCCAAAAAAAUUAAGACAUAACUUACAUAGUGUUAAGGGCACAAAUCUUAGUGAUUAGGUGGAUGCACUUUUACAGUAGUGUCUACCCAUGUCACCGCCUCUCAGAUCCACAGGCUACUCCCAGCCCCACAGAAGUUUCCCUCGUGUCAUGCUGUCAUUUUAUAAAAGGUAUUUAGAAGGCCCUUCAAUAUGUACUUCCCUUCCUCUCACUUCUCAGCUAUAAUGAAAAGGGGAGGAAAACCCCACCAUCAACACAAGACAAGACCGUGAAGGGUGUACCUUUCGGCAGGUCAAUUUGUAGUCAGUCCCCGGACCUCAGUUUCCUCAUGAAAUCAUAUAUAUCUGAGGUUACAUGAUUUUUAGAAUCCUUUUAGCCCUAGCUUUUAUUCCAAGUGAAUGAAAAAGAGAGUCAGAAGAAACCUAAGUUUCUCUUCAAAGGCUUUUAGGUCCAUACUCCAUGACUAAGUGGGAUUCUGAAAUGAAAUUGGAAAAGGUAAGUUGCUCUUUGGGUGGGUUGAGAAUGGAACCAUCAGUUCUAAUCUACAAAAGGAAAAGGUUUUCCUUUCAAGUUGAUGACUUCAGGCUGACUCCUGCAGUCUGGCCAAGGCUCGUCUCCUUUAUGUGCUGCCCAGAUUCAUCCAGUAGUGAAAUUGUGUGAGUUGUUCACCCAAACUUUGUCAAAAGCUCCGUUGCCUUGAUGUUGUAAACUAGUCGGAUUUCAAACAUGAACGGUUAAGAAGACGUGCGUUGAAGUAGAAGAAUUUUGUUCACAUUUGCUGUUAUUUAUUUUUUAAAUUAAAAAUGAAACUGUAUUUUAAA